UCUGUCAGACAGGCAACAGUAUAAUAUCCUAUAACUACUUAACUUUUAAUACAUCUUGGAACGACACAGCUAACGGAUUACGGAGUGUGAAGUCAUUGGAUUUGCAACAGAGCACGAGAAUCCACAUUUGCUCACCGUGCCGUCAUAACUGGAAAUCGAACCUUAAUUUCUUGAUUUAACAGAAAACUGAGUGGACAUCUCCAAAGACACAGCAACCAGCCAGAAGACUGAAGAAAACAAUGACCAUUGAUUUUGUAAACCUAAUUUACAUAUGGCUGCUGCCACUGACAGCAAGCAGCGCAGUGACAUCUGGCCAGAAUAAUGACUACACUAUUGUGAUGAUUGGACCACAGGUAGCAAGAAAUAAAUUCACUCACGACCAGCUGACAACACAGGAGGCGUCCAGCUUAAAUCCACUCUUAGAUGUCUCAGGUCGUAAAAUCACACCGUCUAUCACAGUUGAUGUAAAUCUAACAGAGGAAAAAGCUACAAAACUCAGCACUAAACCUUUACUGCAAACAGUCCAACAAUUCAAAACACCUUCAAAGACAGUUUUACCAGGUAUUACAACAGCAGCAACUCCAACAAAUGAAGGAAGCAUGAAGUCCACAACAGAAAUACAAUUGAAAGUCACAACAUCAGCAACAACGGUUGUAACCAGUCACAGCAGCAUCUCAACCACAACUACAAGGGUACCGUCAAUGCUAAGCAGUUCCACCCAAAACCAGUUAACCAGUGAUAAAACUACACAUCCACCUAAACGUCCAACACAGUCUGCAAACCUCAUCUCUACUACAACCACAUCUACCAAGCCUGUUGAAAACAAAUCUACAAAUACAAGCCCAGUCACAGUUGGGGAUGCUACACAGUCCAUAGGUUUAUACAAUACGACAAUUGCCACAACAAAGACACCAUUCAGCCACAUCACAAAGGCAAAGGAAAGACAAGAUCCUCCAGAAAAAAAUGCUAAGUCCAAUAAGGAAAAACACCACAGUAAAGCAGUGGCAGGGCUAAUAGGUGGAGCCCUGAUAUUAAUGAUGGUAGGAUUCCUGAUCAUCUAUAUAAAGAAACAGAUGCUUCAAAGGCAGCAAAUAACAACUAGAGACUGGGCCGGUCCUUCACCAUUUCUUGAGGGUGGAGCUGACAAUAGCCAGGCCACACUGAGGUCAUCUAACCAGAUUUCUCUUUCCAGCUUCCUGCCUCAUAGACUGUCCAAAAGGUUGUCCUUGCUCCCAGAAACAAAUGAGAAGUUAGAAGAUAUGACAAAAGGUACUACAUUUGGCAAUAAACAUCAAGGGAGUACAUUUGGUCAAGAGGUGGAUGGAAAUGAUGUACAAGAAAGCUAUGGGACUGCUGUAGUUGUUUCAGAAAUAAAAAGCACAGAAGAUGUUCCAGAGACUGUUGAAAACUCUGUCUUAGCAACCUCUUCACAAACAGAAGAGAACCCGCUUUACACAUACAACAAUUAGGUUGCAAACCACAGUCAAGAUCAUUCUGCAAAUCCCCCCACUUUAUCUGGAGCUGUGGAAAAUUCUCUGGCACAACUGAAUGAGGGCUUUGGGCAACCAUAAGUGAACUUAAGCCCCAAACCCUCCCCCAACGCAUUAACUUUCCUUGUUUCUAGGCAGCAACAACUGUGACUGACACAGGAAACUACAGGGAUUCUCACACCCUGCUGUAUUUUCUUUAUCACCAUGUGGAAAUGUCACCCAAACCUGAAGAGUGUGAAUCUAAAAUGCUUUAUUUUCCAACAUCUCUGCCCUGCCCAACCUCUGCAAAGUGCUCCUAGAGAAAAUAUAAAAAUAAGGCGCAUGCAGGCACCUUUGUAUUCAUCUUGCAGGUGAUGGAAAGGUUAUGCGGUGGUGAAAACAAACCGUAACUAAGUAACAGGAAUCAGGAAUUGUCCUGAUUAGCUAUGACUAAUAGCUGUAAAUACCACAGGCUAAAUACAAACGCUUGCGUUUUCUACAUCUGCUUAGAAAAACGGGCCGACUCAUGUUUCAUCUGACAUAGAAGUCAGGGUCAGUCUACUUUAGUGCAAAUAUUUGUUGUCUCAUUAAAUUACUAUCUGCAGAGUAAUGUAGCAUGUACAUUUGAAAAGAAAUAAAGGUCAGUACCCUCGGCACUGGGGUUACACGCUUUUGUAUUUUAUAUAGCAGGUUUCAAAACUUUCAAAACAUUUCUCAAGAGCAAAUUUCACAAUAUCUGACUUUCAGAUUAGUUAGUCAUAACUGACUUUGUAAAGCUUGUGCAAUAAGUAAAAAAAAUGGUAUUACAAAAUGUUUGCUUACGAGAAUUAUACUCCUCUAGUGUGCCAGUGGAACCACCACCAUCAUAAAACAAAAACCACUGGCAAGAGGACUGUCAGCCACACACCCCAUCUUCCUCAGGCUCAGCACUUUUCAACUCCAACCUGCACCUAUUGCUGACUGUCAGGGUCUUUAUACUGGAAAUAGAAAUAGACUACUCAUAUGAGAAGAGUUUUUGUCAGAAGACAAAACACAUUGAAAUGAACUACACAAAAUGAAGACUUAUGGAACUGCAAAGCAAUUACAGGUGGAUUCACUGUAGAUCAUUUAGUUGGCCUUUAGAAAUAUGAACCUCCAUCAUUUGUUAGCAGGAUAUCUGAAAACAGAUAUUAAUUUGGGUGGAAAUUAAGACUAUGGGCAAAGGAUUCAUUUUUGGUGUGAAUCUAAAUCCAGGUAACUUUUAGGAAUUUAAUGAAUUUUACAAUUCAUUAACAUUAUUUAUUAUUACAUGUGCAGUCUAGGCCUUAAGGUAUGAUUUCACUGAGUGCUUUUUAGUUUAAUUUGCAGUUAAGGGCACAUUAGAAAGGUGUGCUAGAGUAAGAUGGGUAUGAAGACUGAUCAGUGCUACAGUGGUUGGGUUAUGGGUUAAUAGUGUCAUAAGUUAACAGAUAUGUUCAAUUUGGUUACAUGGUUUUCAUAAUGUGUCAUUUCUAGGCUAUGAGUCAUAAGAAGACUGUAGCAGUAUUUAAUCAUCUUGUUUGGUCAUCUUGUCCCUAUGCAAGUUGGUAAUAAUCCUGAUCAUGAAACCUUUGUUAAAACUUCUGGAAAUGUAUAUCUUGUAUAUUUUUUAUGUGUUGUGUUUCUCUAAUUUUUAUCUGAAUAAUUCUGAAAGUAAGUACAUUAAAAGUAAACCCACUUCCAUGUACCAAAUAAUUCUGUUCUGUAUUAACUGGUUGGCUAAUAUGACUUAAAAAUAUUAAA